CAUUAUCAUCUUUGAAAGCUUGAAAUGGAGGAUCUUCUCAAGAAUCCUCCCGCCACGGUUGGUCUAUCAGAAACUUUCGCUAAGUUAAAAUCACAAGGCAAAGUGGCUCUGAUUCCAUAUAUCACAGCUGGUGAUCCUGAUCUUUCUACUACAGCAAAAGCUCUUAAAGUGCUUGAUUCGUGUGGUUCCGACAUAAUCGAACUCGGUGUUCCAUACUCUGAUCCAUUAGCUGAUGGUCCAGCAAUCCAGGCUGCUGCGAGACGUUCGUUACUUAAAGGAACCAACUUUAACUCCAUUAUCACUAUGCUUAAAGAGGUUAUUCCUCAGUUAUCUUGUCCAAUUGCAUUGUUUACGUAUUACAAUCCGAUCCUGAGGCGAGGAAUCGAGAACUAUAUGACUAUUAUUAAGAAUGCUGGAGUCCAUGGCCUACUUGUUCCUGAUGUUCCACUCGAGGAAACUGAGGCUCUGCGGAACGAAGCUCGGAAGCAUCAGAUUGAACUCGUACUGCUCACAACACCCACAACCCCCAAAGAACGAAUGAACGCCAUUGUUGAAGCAUCUGAAGGAUUCAUUUAUCUCGUAAGUUCAGUAGGGGUUACUGGUACAAGAGAGUCUGUUAACGAAAAAGUUCAAUCUCUUUUACAACAAAUCAAAGAGGCAACAAGCAAGCCAGUGGCCGUUGGAUUUGGCAUAUCAAAACCUGAGCAUGUGAAACAGGUAGCUGAAUGGGGAGCAGAUGGAGUCAUUGUUGGUAGCGCAAUGGUUAAGAUCUUGGGCGAGUCUGAAUCACCUGAGCAAGGACUUGAGGAGCUAGAAGUCUUCACCAAAUCUUUAAAGUCUGCUCUUGUCUCUUGAAUACACAAUGAUUCUUCUUAUUUUAAUGCAAAGAAGCAGAUGAAGCUACCAUUGCUUCUUAAUAAUAUAACACCCAUCUCCAA